GUCUCCAUCUAUCUAUCACUGAGAAUCUUUUCUCCCUUUGAGACUGAAGCUGAAACCAUGAGGCAAAGUUCUAGUCCUCAUCUCCAUCUCUUCCUCUUCCUUUUUCUUAUCUUCUCCUAUUCAACAGUAGCUGCUCGUCUCUUAACUGCAAAACAAGGUGAAGAAAAGGUAAAGGCUGUUAAGAUUGUACAGAGUGGUCCUCUGAGAACAGAAGAAAUGGAUGAUUCAUGGAAUAAGGUGAUUAGGAUGGGGGAUUGUGGUAAUGGAGAUGAAGAAUGCUUGAAGAGGAGGAUGGUUGCAGAAGCCCACUUGGAUUACAUUUACACCCAAAACCAUAAACCUUAGGCUCUUUCAGAGCAAGAA